AAUCGAAAUUUGUGGGGGUGAAAACAGAAUUAAUCAAAAAUACUUAUGCCACUUGUAAAAAUAACUCUGAAGUAAAGCUCCGGUUAGUUUAGACGACCAUCGGAAUUAAAAAGAACCGCCGGAGAUGACAACGAUGAUGAUGAUCAGGUCAACGGCGAAUUUGACGGAAUAUCUAACACCGACGCUAAAAUCCACCAAAGGAAAUUUCAGUUCUCAUGGUGGAUUUGGCGUUUCAGUCUCUCAAUUUAGUCGGAGAAGAUUUCUCAAUCCGAGCAGAGUCUUCGCCGUUUCAGAUAUCAAUAAGCUCGUGAAGGAGUUCGACCCGAAGAUUCCGUUGGAGAGAGCAUCUACUCCGCCGAGCUCGUGGUACACUGAUCCUCAAUUCUACAGUUUCGAGCUCGAUCGGGUCUUCUAUGGAGGAUGGCAAGCCGUAGGAUACUCUGAUCAGAUUAAAGAGAGUCGUGACUUCUUUACCGGGAGGCUUGGGGGCGUAGAAUAUGUUGUGUGUAGAGACGAUAAUGGAAAGAUUCAUGCUUUCCAUAAUGUAUGUUCUCACCAUGCUUCUAUUUUGGCUUCUGGAAAUGGGAAAAAGUCUUGUUUUGUCUGCCCUUAUCAUGGAUGGACGUAUAGCUUGAGUGGGUCGCUUGUCAAAGCUACUAGAAUGAAUGGGAUAGAGAACUUUGCUUUAAAUGAAAUGGGACUUAAACCUCUAAGAGUGGCUGUCUGGGGACCUUUUGUUCUCCUCAAGGUAACUCAAGCCAGAUCGAGGAAAGGAGAAGAUGAGAGUCAUGAUGCAUUAGUGGCAUCAGAAUGGCUCGGGACUUCUGUGGGAAAGUUGAGCGAAGGUGGAGUUGAUUCCCCGCUUAGUUUCAUAUGCAGACGGGAAUACACCAUGGAUUGUAAUUGGAAGGUGAAAUCUUGUUCUGACUAUAUACAGUACUCUNCAUCUUCGCAUAUCAUGAUGGUUUAUAAAUGUGUUUUGUAG